GUCUGCGCCCUAUAGAAAACAUGUCCAAAAAUAUAAGCCUUGUUUUUUUCUGUUAACUGAUAUUUUGCUUGAAUAGCAAUACAAUCAAUAUGAUUUUAAAAUCACGUUUGACGUAUUCCGUGUGCAAAACAUUGUACAAACGAAUGACACAAUAUCAGUCGUUCUCAAAUCAAAGAAAUAUCUCCAAGUACAAAAUUUUGGGAAUUGAAACAACAUGUGAUGAUACAGGCGCUGCAGUUGUGGACGAAAACGCUCAUAUACUCGGAAAUGCAUUGCAUUCACAAACAUCUAUAUCUGUUUCACUGGGAGGGGUGUUACCACCAUAUGCCAAAGCUUUACAUGAGAAGCACAUCCACAACAUUGUGCAAGAUGCCUUAACCCAAGCAGGAGUAGAAAUACAGGAUCUUGAUGCAGUUGCAGUAGCGGUGGAGCCAGGGCUUCCUCUCAGUCUAGAUGUUGGGCUCAAACAUGCUCAGAAACUUGUGAUGGAAAAUAGAGUACCACUGAUACCUGUACAUCAUAUGGAGGCCCAUGCCCUUACGGCCAGAAUGAUUGACAGUGUAGAGUUCCCCUUCCUUGUACUACUGGUGAGUGGGGGGCACUGCUUGCUAGCCGUUGCCAGGGACAUUGAUGACUUCUUGUUGCUAGGCAGCAGCAUUGACAACGCCCCUGGAGAGAUUUUUGACAAGGUUGCACGUAGAAUGAAACUAAAGAAUCUCCCACAAUGCUAUGGAAAAAGUGGCGGGGCCUCGAUAGAAUUAAUGGCCCAGCAAGGCGAUCCAGACAUGUUUGAGGCUCCACACGUGUACACUAAAAGCCGUAGUUGUAAUUUCUCGUUUGCGGGCAUGAAGGCCCACUACUGUACUUACAUUGAACAAGAGGAAAAAAAACAAGGUAUUGUAGCCAGUGGGGUGAUCUCUAAUGCCGCUGAUGUCUGUGCAUCCUUCCAGUUUGCCGUUCUACGACACAUGUGUCGCCCUAUAGAAAGGGCAUUCAGGUUCUGUGACUACAACAACCUUCUGCCAGAAACCAAAACACUGGUUGUUUCUGGAGGUGUUGCAUGUAACCAAUACUUACGAGCGGGACUACAGCGCGUGUGUGACAAAUAUGGAGCACGAUUGGUCGUCCCUCCUCCUCACCUAUGUACUGAUAAUGGCAUUAUGAUCGCAUGGAAUGGCAUGGAAAAGCUUCUAGCUGGUCGUGGAAUAGCAGAUGACCCAAUUGCUGUAAAAUUUAAGCCCAAAAGUCCAUUAGGUCAAGACAUCAGCGAAGAAGUCACCAGAGAAAACAUUAAAGUGAUACCAAUGAAAUUGUGACACAUUUUGUUGCUUGUUGUUGUUAUGAAUAUAUAUGUAAAAUAUA